AUGGCAGAUACUUCCGUCCCGCCACCCGGAAGCCCCGGAUUUUCACUGAACAUUAUGGAGUCAUUCGGGACGCAGAUACUCGGAUCCUUGUUCUCCAUUGCGCUGUGGGGAGUAUCGUGUAUGCAGAUGUUCCUGUACUUCAUGCGCUACGAGAAGGACUUUUGGGGUUUGAAGCUGUUUGUUGUCUACCUUUGGCUACUGGACGCAGUCAUUGAGGCUCUCACAUGGGUCGGACUUUUCUCGCCCCUGGUCACACACUGGGGAUCCCUUCAAUACAUAAUUGAAGUUACACCGGCUUUCAUUCACCGUACAUGGCUUGGGAGUCUUCUCGCCUUUUCGGCACAGUUGUUUUUUAUGUAUCGCAUCUAUCGAUUUACAGAACUUGAAGGCAAGGGCUGGCCGGUCCGUGUAUGCCUGGGUUGUGCCGUGUUAAUUGCGUCUUGGCAAAUCGUUGGUGCCAUCCCGUAUUCUGUCUGGGUUCUGACGAGUACCGAGCCUACGGUCAUCGCGGCGCUAUCCGUCCAUCGUGUGCUCUCGGUUGGAUUCUCGUUUCGUGCCGCCUCGGCAUUUACAGAUAUUCUCAUUGCGACCUGGAUGACUGUUCUGCUAUCUGGUAGCAUGAAACGCAGCUCUCCUUUUAGACGCUCGAAUCGCCUCGUCCACAGGCUCAUAUUCGUUACGAUCAACAGCGGAAUAUGGACCGCGCUCGUGGCACUCAUCGACUUCAUCCUCAUGGCCUGGAACUACUCGCACCUCGAGUUCACAGUCUUCGAAUAUCCACUCGCGGCACUCUACCUAAACAUGGUGCUCGCAAACCUGAAUGUGCGCGACUACCUGCGCGGCCAGGGCGGCGAGGUCUACGAAGCAAUGCUCGGCGAUAUGAGCGCGGCACCCCGUAGCACCGAUUCGUUCCCGCUGCGGCACAUGCGCCAGAAUACGACGACUGCAAAGCCAGACGAGUCCCUUGCUAUCCGCAUUGAGACGUCGAUGACACUGAAGAGCGAUGCGGACUCAAUUAAGGCAGGCAAGCCAAGCCUCUGA